CCCCGCGCCCCCGGCCCGCCGUAUUCCCGGGGAAAGUUUGUGGGGAGUUGCUGUGGGGGUGAAGCGCCUGCCUCUCCAGGAGGAGCCGCCGCCGCCACUGCCGCCGGCGCGGCGGAGCUGGGGCUGGUGGCGCUGUGGUGCCGCCGGCUCGGGGGAGGGUCAGAGCGGCCACCGGCGGCGGCGGCGGCGGCGGCGGCGCGGCCCGGCUCCGGCCAGGCGGGCGAGUGGCCGGGCGGGCGUCCGCGCUCCCCGGCCGGCCCGGGCCCCGGCCGCGGCCCCCGGCUGUCAGCGGGCGGGGACCGCGCCGCCGCUCCCCCGCCAGGCGUGGGGCGCCCAGCGCGGACCCCGGGGUUUGUUUACGUCCGGGCGGGUGCCCGGGGGCCACCCGCAGACCCCGCAGCCGCCCCGCUCUUUUGUGUGCCUGCAGGAGCGGCGCGGAACCGGCCCCUCCGCGGCCGGGAACCCCGGUAGGGGCGCUUGGGGAAACUUGCUGGGGGCGGCGGGCGCCGCGCACGUGGAGCCCGGGUGUCGGGUGUCCCUGGGGCGUGGGUCCGGGCGCCGGAGGAGGACUGCAACUUUCCCCGAACGCAGGCCCGGCUCUGCGCCUGGGCGCGCGGUCUGUCCGGGCCGGGGGUGCUUGCUCCCCGGCGCCUGUCCGGGCCGUCCUCUCCCCGCGCCCAGGGGCUCCCGCGGACCCCAGUAAACACCCCACCCCCCGCUCCUCUCUGACCCUCUCCUCCGAGGCCCUGUCCUCCCAGCAGGGUCCGCGGGGGGCAAUGGACCGCGCGGCGGGUCCUCUUCGAAAUGCCUACUCCGAUCGGGUUCUCGAAAGCAAAGCCCCGGGGGCCUCGCUGGACUGUGGUGUGCCGGGCCGUGGUCCACGCGCCGAGCCCCGGGCGCCGAGGGGGCAUCGUGCUGGGGCUCCACAUCCGGCGCCCGAGCCGCAGCCGUGCCCAGGGGGCGCGUUCCUGCCUGCCAACCCCCACCCAGGGGAGCGGCGCGCCCUCGGGGUCCGCCCGGGACCUGCCAGCUCCGCGCUCGCGGCGCCUGGACGGCCCCGGGACUCUGCCAGGUGGAUGUUGUGCGUAGCCGGAGCCAAGUUGAAGAGGGAACUCGAUGCCACCGCAACAGUAUUGGCGAACCGGCAGGAUGAAAGCGAGCAGUCGAGAAAGCGGCUCAUCGAGCAGAGCCGAGAGUUCAAGAAGAACACUCCGGAGGAUUUGCGCAAGCAGGUAGCGCCGCUGCUGAAGAGCUUCCAAGGGGAGAUUGAUGCACUGAGUAAAAGAAGCAAAGAAGCUGAGGCAGCCUUCUUGAAUGUCUACAAGAGAUUGAUUGAUGUUCCAGAUCCCGUUCCGGCUCUGGACCUCGGGCAACAGCUCCAGCUCAAAGUGCAGCGCCUACACGACAUUGAAACAGAGAACCAGAAACUUAGGGAAACUCUCGAAGAAUACAACAAGGAAUUUGCUGAAGUGAAAAAUCAAGAGGUAACGAUAAAAGCACUUAAAGAGAAAGUCCGAGAAUACGAACAGACUCUGAAGAACCAAGCCGAGACCAUAGCUCUCGAAAAGGAACAAAAGUUACAAAAUGAUUUUGCAGAAAAGGAGAGAAAACUGCAGGAGACCCAGAUGUCCACCACCUCAAAGCUGGAAGAAGCCGAACAUAAAGUCCAGACUCUGCAAACAGCGCUGGAAAAAACUCGAACAGAAUUAUUUGACCUGAAAACCAAAUAUGAUGAAGAAAUUACCGCCAAGGCCGACGAAAUUGAAAUGAUCAUGACGGACCUUGAAAGAGCAAACCAGAGGGCAGAGGUGGCUCAGAGAGAGGUGGAGACCUUGAGGGAGCAGCUCUUGUCGGCCAACCACUCUCUCCAGCUGGCCUCCCAGAUCCAGAAGGCGCCGGACGUGGAGCAGGCCAUAGAGGUCCUCACCCGCUCCAGCCUGGAAGUUGAGUUGGCCGCCAAAGAGCGGGAGAUCGCGCAGCUGGUGGAGGACGUGCAGAGACUCCAAGCCAGCCUCACCAAGCUGCGCGAGAACUCGGCCAGCCAGAUCUCCCAGCUCGAGCAGCAGCUGAGUGCCAAGAACAGCACCCUCAAACAACUGGAAGAAAAACUCAAAGGACAGGCUGACUAUGAAGAGGUGAAGAAAGAGCUAAACAUCCUGAAGUCCAUGGAGUUUGCUCCGGCCGAGGGAGCUGGGACGCAGGACUCAUCCAGGCCCCUGGAGGUACUGCUGCUGGAGAAGAACCGCUCGCUGCAGUCCGAGAACGCCGCGCUGCGCAUCUCCAACAGCGACCUGAGUGGGUCAGCCAGGAGGAAAGGGAAAGACCAGCCUGAGAGUCGGCGUCCUGGACCUUUGCCGGCCUCCCCUCCUUCUCAGUUGCCCCGCAACACGGGGGAGCAGGCUUCCAAUACUAAUGGUACACACCAGUUCUCACCAGCGGGGUUAACGCAAGACUUUUUCAGCUCAUCCCUGGCAAGCCCCAGCCUGCCCCUGGCUUCUACGGGAAAAUUUGCACUAAACUCUCUCCUCCAACGACAGCUAAUGCAGUCCUUCUACUCCAAGGCCAUGCAGGAAGCAGGAAGCACAAGCAUGAUUUUUUCAACAGGUCCAUACAGCACAAACUCCAUAUCUUCCCAAAGUCCAUUACAACAAAGCCCUGAUGUAAAUGGCAUGGCCCCGUCUCCCAGCCAGUCAGAAAGUGCUGGGAGCAUCUCCGAGGGCGAGGAGAUAGACACUGCAGAAAUCGCCCGGCAGGUGAAAGAGCAGCUGAUCAAGCACAAUAUCGGACAGCGCAUUUUCGGACACUAUGUCUUGGGACUGUCUCAAGGGUCCGUGAGCGAGAUUCUGGCCCGGCCCAAGCCGUGGAAUAAACUGACGGUUCGCGGCAAGGAGCCGUUUCACAAGAUGAAGCAGUUCCUCUCGGACGAGCAGAACAUCCUGGCUCUUCGCAGCAUCCAAGGCAGACAGAGAGAGAAUCCAGGCCAGAGCCUGAACAGACUAUUUCAGGAAGUACCGAAACGAAGAAAUGGGUCUGAAGGUAACAUCACCACCCGGAUCCGAGCCUCAGAGACCGGGUCCGAUGAAGCAAUCAAGUCCAUCCUGGAACAAGCCAAAAGGGAGCUGCAAGUACAGAAAACCGCAGAGCCGGCCCAGCCUUCCUCGGCGUCCAGCAGCGGGAACUCCGACGACGCCAUCCGCUCCAUCCUGCAGCAGGCCCGCCGCGAGAUGGAGGCCCAGCAGGCCGCCCUCGACCCCGCCUUAAAGCCAGCGCCGCUGUCCCAGACGGACAUCGCCAUCCUGACCCCCAAGCUAAUACCCGCCUCGCCCAUGUCGUCGGUGUCCGGUUACUCUCCAUUAGCCGUCUCCCUGAAGAAGCCCCCCUCGGCUCCCGACUCCAGCGCCCCCGCUCUGCCCAACCCCCCGGCCCUGAAGAAGGAGUCCCAGGACGUGCCCGGGCCGGACCUCCCGGGGGCGGCCGACUCCGCACAGGGGGUCCUCAGACACGUGAAGAGCGAGCUGGGCCGCGGCGGCGUGUGGAAGGACCACUGGUGGAGCGCCGUCCAGCCCGAGAGGAAGAGCAGCGCUCCCCCCGAAGACCCCAAGGCUGAAGAAGCCAGCGGCGGGAAAGAAAAAGGCGGCGGCGGCGGCAGUGGCGGGCAGGCGCGGGCCGAGCGUGGCCAGCUCCAGGGCCCCUCGUCGUCAGAAUACUGGAAGGACUGGCCCAGCGCCGAGUCGCCGUACUCCCAGAGCUCAGAGCUGAGCCUCACCGGAGCCAGCCGCAGCGAGACACCCCAGAACAGCCCUCUGCCCUCGUCCCCCAUCGUGCCCCUGUCGAAGCCCACCAAGCCCUCGGUCCCUCCGCUGACCCCCGAGCAGUACGAGAUCUACAUGUACCAGGAGGUGGACACCAUCGAGCUCACCCGGCAGGUGAAGGAGAAGCUGGCCAAGAACGGCAUCUGUCAGAGGAUCUUCGGGGAGAAGGUGCUGGGCCUGUCCCAGGGCAGUGUCAGCGACAUGCUGUCCCGGCCGAAGCCAUGGAGCAAGCUGACCCAAAAAGGCCGCGAACCCUUCAUCCGGAUGCAGCUCUGGCUGAACGGCGAGCUGGGCCAGGGCGUCCUGCCUGUCCAAGGACAGCAGCAAGGGCCAGUCCUGCACUCCAUGACGUCACUCCAGGACCCCCUGCAGCAGGGCUGCGUGAGCUCAGAAAGCACUCCAAAGACCUCUGCCAGCUGCAGCCCUGCACCCGAAUCACCGAUGAGCUCUAGCGAAUCAGUGAAGAGUUUGACUGAACUGGUCCAGCAGCCCUGUCCCCCCAUUGAAACAAGUAAGGAUGGCAAACCACCAGAACCCAGCGACCCGCCUGCUUCAGACUCCCAGCCCACCACCCCACUGCCUCUGUCCGGACACUCGGCUCUCAGCAUUCAAGAGCUGGUGGCCAUGUCUCCAGAGCUGGACACCUACGGCAUAACCAAGAGGGUCAAGGAGGUGCUGACCGACAACAACCUAGGUCAGCGCUUGUUUGGGGAGACCAUCCUAGGACUCACCCAAGGCUCUGUCUCCGACCUCCUAGCUCGCCCAAAGCCCUGGCACAAGCUCAGUCUGAAGGGGCGGGAGCCCUUUGUCCGGAUGCAGCUGUGGCUGAAUGACCCCAACAACGUGGAGAAGCUGAUGGACAUGAAACGGAUGGAAAAGAAAGCCUACAUGAAGCGGCGGCACAGCUCGGUCAGCGACAGCCAGCCCUGCGAGCCCCCCUCCGCUGGCAUCGACUACAGCCAGGGCGCCAGCCCCCAGCCCCAGCACCAGCUGAAGAAACCCCGAGUGGUGCUGGCUCCCGAAGAGAAGGAAGCUCUGAAACGAGCGUAUCAGCAAAAGCCAUACCCGUCACCAAAAACCAUCGAAGAACUCGCCACCCAGCUCAACUUGAAAACCAGCACUGUCAUCAACUGGUUCCACAAUUACAGGUCUCGGAUCCGCAGAGAACUGUUUAUUGAGGAGAUUCAGGCCGGGAGCCAGGGCCAGGCCGGGGCCAGCGACUCGCCGUCGGCCCGGAGCGGCCGGGCAGCGCCCAGCUCGGAGGGCGACAGCUGUGACGGCGUGGAGGCCGCCGAGGGCCCGGGCGCCGCGGACGCCGAAGAGUCGGGCGGCCCCGCGGCCGCCGCCAAGUCUCAGGGAGGGCCGGCCGAGGCGGCCGCGGCCCCGGAGGAGCGGGAGGAGGCGCCGCGGCCGGCGGAGAAGGCGGAGCCGCCGCCCUCGGGGACCCCGGCCCCGGACGCCGCCACCGACGAGAGCCGGCCCCGGGCGCCACCGCCGCCGCCGCCGCCGCCGCCCGAGGGCCCCGCGGACGGCCCGGGGCCCGUGCCAAACCCCGCCGCCGCCGCGCCCGCGGCCGGGGAGGACGCCGCUACCUCAGCCGCCCCGCCGGGGGAGGGCCCGUGCAGGGCCCGGGACGGCGCCGACAGGAGUUCAGCUUUGCCAAGCACCAGCGCGCCCGCGGCCGCCCGCAGGCCCAGCUCGCUGCAGAGCCUCUUCGGCCUCCCGGAGGCGGCGGGCGCCAGGGACUCGCGAGACAACCCCUUGAGGAAGAAGAAGGCCGCGAACUUGAACAGCAUAAUCCACCGCCUGGAGAAGGCCGCCAGCCGGGAGGAGCCCAUCGAAUGGGAGUUCUGAGAGGGCGCCGCCCGCCCGUCCCGCCGAGCCGGGCCACGCCUGACCGGGCAGGGCCGAGUCGGGCCGAGCUGGGCCUAGUCGAGCCGAGCUGGGCCGAGUCUGGCCGAGGUUGGCCGAGCCGGGCCGGGCAGGAGGGGGGUGGCGCCGACUCCGCGGCCUGGACCGUGUUGCGCACUUACCGCCCUGCGGGCCACAGGGCAAAAUCGCCAUAGGCCAAGGUGCAUAUAGAAAACAAAGGAGCAUUAAGCCCAAUCUAUGUCGUGUUUUCAAGGAAGAAAACGGAAAUGUGUAGUCGAGCUUUUUUGUACCCUGAAGUGUUUUUUUUAUUGCCCUAAGUGAUUUCCACAGGUUCUGGAAUAACUCUUACAGCUUUGCCUUGCGCCCUCCUCUUUCGUGUGGGCUUUAAAAAAAAAAAAAAAAAAAAUCAAACCCACAUAUUAAAAGGGGGCUUUUUAUCUGCCAUCUAAUGGCUUCAGAGCGAUAAUACACUAUUAUCUUCUUAAACCAGGAAAAAAAGGGGGGGGGAUUUUUCAGAAAAAUUUAAAAAGAAAGUUUUUGUAGCUGUUCAGUUGCCACUAAGAGAUUGCACAGUCAAACCGACUCUAAACACACUAGUUUGGAUUCCUAAAUAUUUUCAAGCAAAGAAUCUUCUCCUUUGAAACUUUGAAUUAAAGUAAAACACAUUUACUUCACAUAUUUUUUAACAAAAAGAAAAGUCACAUCAGGAAACUAUCUGAUUUUGUGGUAGCUGACGUAGUGUUUUCUUGUACGUGAAUAGAAUCCUGACAUGUAGUGCACAUUGAUCCAUAGCUUUAACUGACUCUGGGCUUUUGCUGACCAGGGUUCGUUUAAUACACUCCAUUCUAGGCCAAAUCAGGACAAAAAGAAAAGAUCCGAAUCUAGGUAUUUUAUAAUCUGCUUUUUAACCUCUAACCGCAGAGCACGCUGAUCAGACCUCAUAUGUCGGAGGUGUAGGAGACAAGUUAGAACUGUAGCAUGUACCCGUUCAUUUUGUUUAAUUUAUGGUGUCUUACGUCUGUGUUAGUGCGUCUUGCACACAUACGAGCGUUGAAAGAAAGGAGGAAAGAGUAGGCCGUGAAGGUCGCCGCAGGCAGAUCUGGGGCCACACAGGGCCCCUCGUAGGCAGCAGUCUUUCCACGACACAGAAGGCACCGCACCUCACACCACUCUCCCGGGCACCUGAUGGACUGAGCCCCACCAGGGGACGCCGCUCCCUGGGCCUGGGCAGGGCUCGCGCGCACACGCGCUCUCUCGCUCGCUCGCUCUCUCUCCCUCUCUCUUUCUCUCUCUCUCUCUCUCUCUCUCUCCCUUUCUUCCCACCACAAGCACUGAUGACUGUUGACGUCGUGGGAAGCCUCCUUCCUUCCCUGCAGAAGAGAGAACGUGGCAGUCUGGGCUCGGCUCCCACCCCCGUAGAGAUGGCCCAAACUCACACCAAAACGCUGAUGCUCUUCACAUCCAGACCAGACCAUUGGCCCUCCAUUCAUUUUGCCUCUUGGAACGUUCUUUUAUGCACAGUUUAGGGCAGUCUAAGUACAAAUCAAAAGUCUAACUUGUCUCUGAUUCCUCCUGUCGUCUAUGUGUAUAUGCGUGAGAACAGAGGUGGAUGAGAGUGUGCGUGUGUGCGUGUGUGCAAUUUUAUACGUCUGUGUAUUUUCUUAAGUACCUGUGCACACAUAGAGUGCAUUACUGCCACCUUUUUUCAAUAAGCUGUUUUAUCAGUUAUGGCUUCUACAAGUUUGCUAAUUUAGACUCCUUUAUUGCCAUAUCUUUAAACUAACAAUAGAUGAUUUCGGUAUAUAUAUAUAUUUUUUUUUGCUUAUUUAUAGGUGCUGUAUUUUAUUAUCUGAUUGUUAGGAAGGGAUGAGAGGGGCAAAUAUUCUUUAGAGGGAUAGACUGCCGGCAGUAUUGGGUAUAAUUUACAAGAUGUAGUUGUCAUACUGUAUAUUACUGAUUGAAACCUUUUUGACCGUAUUGUGUAUCAUUGAAACCUUUGUCUUAGGUCAACAUCUUUGGAUGACA